CCUCCCCAAGCGCGCCCGAAACAGCUCUGCUGGGACUCGGGGGAGGCUACGGAGGCGCCGGUUGUGGCGCUACCCUUCAGGUGGGUGAGAGUCUGGGCCUGGGCGCUUCAGCGCUCCUCAAAGCCUCUCCCCGUCGCUUCGCUUGCGGCUCUGAUCGCCCCCGUCGUUCCUCGCCGCGGAGAGCACCGCAGCAACGGGCGGUCAGCCAUCCCCCGGCGCGCCUCUGCGCAGUUCGGGUAUCCCUCUCGAGUGUCCAUCCGAGUGCAGGAGAAGCCGCUCUCCCGCCCCUCAGACCUGGCCGCCCGGGAAGCGUCGGAAGCAGGCCCUGGCGCCUCGGCCACCGGCGACGGACCCAGACAUGACUACUAGAUAACUGCGAGGGGAAGUGGGACCCCGCUGUCUGCUGCGGGGCGCCCGAAGCCGGGAGAGGGUAAGGUGGCUGCUUGCCGCAGUGCGGCCGGCCGCCGGCGCGGGUGCGCGGGGCUUCUCCGGGCUCGGGUUAUUCAUUUACAACUUGAACUAACGUGACUACUUCAUCUUCACUGCCCGUCGGAACUGCAGAAGUUGAUGAGACUUAACUCGGUUACCGCGGAGGAAUACUGUGAAUUGCAGUGGCAUCAGUGGCCGGGACAAAUUGGAAUUUAAAUGUGUUGUUUUGGGCAUCAUGACUCUGAGGCUCUUAGAAGACUGGUGUAGGGGGAUGGAUGUAAACCCGCGGAAAGCGCUGUUGAUUGCCGGCAUCCCCCAGACCUGUAGGGCAGAAAUUGAGGAGGCUCUGCGAUCUGGUUUAGCUCCCUUGAGCGAGUACCGACUGCUCGGGAGGAUGUUCCGGAGGGAAGAGAACAGGAAUGCAGCCUUAAUAGGACUUCCUGAGGAGACGAGUCAUGCUCUGGUCCCUAAAGAGAUACCCGGAAGCGGGGGUGCCUGGAGAGUGAUCUUUAAGACCCCUGACCCAGACAAUGAAUUUUUAAGCAGGUUACAUGAAUUCCUAGAGGGAGAGGGCGUGACAUUGGGUGAGUAUCGAGCUCUUGGGUAUGGAAACGACCUUUUUGACCUAGACCAGGACGUGAUCCCAGAAGUGCGGGCUCCUAUGUUGGCACAGGCAUUAGAUGAGGCUCUUCAGCCUGCCCUGCAACACCUGAAAUACAAAAAGCUGAGAGUAUUCUCAGGCAGUGAUCCUCCAGAGCCAGAAGAAGAAGAGUUUGAAUCCUGGCUGUUUCAUGCCACUCAAAUGAUGAAGACAUGGCAGGUGUCAGAUGCCGAAAAAAGAAGGCGAUUGCUAGAGAGCCUUAGAGGCCCGGCAUCUGAUAUCAUUCGUGUCCUAAUAAACAAGCCUUUAAUUACAGUCCCUGAAUGCCUGCAUGCUCUGGAGCAGGUAUUUGGGGUUACCGAUAAUCCUAGGGUGUUGCAGGUCAAAUAUCUGACCACUUACCAGAACGAUGAAAAAAAAUUGUCUGCUUAUGUACUAAGGCUGGAGCCUUCACUACAGAAACUGGUAGAGAGAGGAGCAGUUGAGCAAGACGUUGUGAAUCAGGCCCGCCUGGAGCAGGUCAUUGCUGGAGCAGUCCACAGCACACGGCGCAGGAAGUUUGCUCUGUCAGAGGACGGCUCAGCCCCUGGCUUAUUGCACUUACUGACACUAAUGAAGGAUGAAGAGGCAGCUGAGGAGGAGGAGGAGGCCCUCCUCCAGGCAGGAUUAGCGGGGCAUUUCACCUGAAUCUUGGGAAAUCAGGAAGGGCUCUCUGGCAGUGAGCAGAGCAUAAGGUAGAACAGUCUGUAUGCUCAGUGACAGACAUUAACCAAUCCCUAUCUUGUGUUGCCAAGUAACUCAUUUUUGUGCAGUUCUCAGUAUAAUCCUUUGUCAUUUCUGUGCCCAUUUAAUGUCUCCUAAAUGUGUCAUUGACUAGAAGGAUGUAGUUCUGCCCUGGUAUUUAUAUAUUUAAAUUCACCCUGUGAAUUUUUUUUUUUAUCACACACAGUUGUACAAAAAGUCUCAUCACUACACACAUGUGAUACUCUGAGAGGACAGGCAAGGCUCAGGUGCACAUGCUGAUCCGAUCUCGUUCAGAUGUCAGCUUGUGUGAUAAUAGGUGCAAGUGUAGCUGUCAGAUGUGAUAAUGUGUCAUAGAUAGUUCUGGGGUGUGUACGGCCCUACAUUAAUCAUGAAGAUCGUGAGCAGGGGUUAAGAGGUUAUUUUCUGUGUGAAUCGGAAUUUUAUUGAUUCUAUGCCAUCAAAACAAGAGGCAGAAUUAAAUGCUGCAGUUGGUCUGUUUGCAGCUGCUACCUCUAACCCCAGAUUUCUGAUGUGUGUCUCAAAGCACUGGUCAGUUUGCAGCUGCUACCUCUAACCCCAGAUUUCUGAUGUGUGUCUCAAAGCAUCUAGUUCUGAAUAUCAUUUUAAUAGGUUACAGAAUUAUAGAUAUGAACUUAUAAAAUAAAGAAAUGUGAAUAAAAUGACCUUUUUACCUAGUUUGUUUGUAUCAAGGUUCCAAGGGAGAUUUCACUUGAACAAAGGGUUCCAAAAGCAUGAAUCUGAAAACCACUGAACUUGCACAGUCUUAGUCCUUUGGACACUUUCCUCCUGGUGCCCAGGUGGGUAGGGAGUAGUUUUCUAAGUGAGAGUGCUGGCAGUACCUUCUCCUGAAGUACAAUAGAGUGAAAUGAGACUGUAUAAAUUAGUGCAAGUAGCAGGUUCAAAGGCAUCAGGGCGUUGAAUCUGGAGGGUGAAAAGAAAGACAGGAACAUUGCAUACCUCUGCACGGCAGAUUGGACUAAAUGUUCCAUGUACUUCCUCACUUAAUCCUCUUAAAAAUCCUGCAAUAUAAGAAAACAACUAGUUUCAGAAUUCUGUCAUCUGCCUUAUGGCAAGGCCAAUGUUCUUUCCAUUGCUAAGGAAGAGAAGCAAUCCUAAGGGUGUCUGGACCCAGCCUCACAAGGGAAGCAGGGCAGAUUGUUAACAACAUUUAAUAAAUGAACUGUUAGUAUGCGUUAGUGUGGACUACAUCUUAAUCACUACUGCAAACUGGACACUAAGAAGUGGGGAGUAUGAGAACCUGUAAGACCCACAGGCAGCAGGGAGGGUGGACCUGGGUUAGUGAUUUGGUCUCUAAAAAAAAAGAAUGAAAGCAUGAAGAAAAAUGAAAAUUGCUGAAAGAUCAGACUGAAAGUCUUUAUCUUUAAUA